UACAGGUCACAGAAGAAGUUUAAAAGAUAACAAACUUUCAGGACGUUGCACAUCAUUACUAUGGCAUCCCUUCUGCAAGAAACCUUGUUCGAAAUCCAGGGUCAAGCCCCUUCUCCAAGCAAAGAUUUUCACCAUCUCAUCAUCACAAAGAGUGAGGUUACCUUAAGAUCUUGGAAAAUUUCAGCCAGGGCUGAACAUUGGAAAAUUCUACCAAGAGAAGUAAAGAAAACGCACAAUGAUUUUUUAAGAGAAAGUUUGAUGCACAGACCAUUAGAAAAGAUCUUUGGCAAGGACACAAUAGAAUAUGUAUUAAAUUUGUGCAGAGGACAAUUUGAUUUCAUUGUUCGGAUACCUGAUAGCCUCAAGAUACGUAUCUUAUUAUUCCUUGAUACACAAGACAUUAAGCAGCUGUCAGAAACAUGCAAAACAUUCCACAAGUUUUGCAGCAGUGAAGAAUUUUGGGAAAAAAUGAAACCAAGAACAGAAAUAUGUGUUAAUGCUGUUAACAAGAAUAACAAUUCUGUUUCUACGAAGACGAGACAGCUCAGUCAGAAGGUGCAAGGUCCAGUGUGGAUGCGAAGAAGAAGAAACACCUUAUUUUAGUAAAAUGCAAGACAUGGCUUGUAUUAACUGGAAUUUACCUAUAUUCUGCAGUGGACACGGACAGUAAUCUGUACAGGCUCUGUACAAGCUGCCUCGACAUUUCUCACAUGGAAGCAGUUCUGUGCCCUUUCUGU